GUGUUGUACUGUAUAGGUCCAGCGGCGGGGAAGCCCUCAGCUCUGGCAUGGAUUUCGAGAAUCUCUUCUCAAAGCCCCCCAACCCGGCCCUCGGCAGGAAACAGGCUUCGGAUCCUGAAGAAAGAACCGAUGAUGAAGUAGAUGAUUCAGACAAUGAAGAAACACAAGAAGAGAAAAUAAAAUGGGGAGUAAAACUGGAGAGUGAGCAAAUCCCCAAAAAAGUUAAACGUUUUGGAAACUCUACAUCACCACCAAAGAAACCGCUGCGUAUAAAAUCCAGAAGUAAGGACUAUGAUACGUACAGUGAUGACGAUGUCUGCGCUCAGGACUCGGAAGAUACUUUUGCCCAGGAGCUGCAGCAGUACAUAAAGGCUAAAGAGAUGGCAAGUGCCACCCGGUCCUUCACACUUCCUGAGCACUCCGUGGCAGAGGAGGGAGUGAACGGUGCCCAGCAAGCUACUAAGCAGAAAAAUAAAAAGUCUAAAGCUGGUCAAAAGAAUGGGAAACAGAAGAAAACGAAGCGAAAGUGGUCUGACACUGGAAACAAAGGGUCCAAUGGCUUGCCAAGGAAAAAGAGCUCCCAGGAAGAGGAUGGUAAGCCUAAAGAGAAGCGGCAGCCCGUCAUGAGUCAGGGAUUCAUCAACCAGCAUACUGUGGUGCGCGAGGGAAAACAGAUCUGCAAAUAUUUUCUUGAAAGGAAGUGUAUUAAGGGAGACCAAUGUAAAUUUGACCACGAUGCUGAAAUUGAGAAGAAAAAGAUGAUGUGUAAAUUUUAUGUGCAAGGAUAUUGUACCAGAGGUGAAAACUGUCUGUUUCUGCAUAAUAUCCUUUAUCACAUGAUACAGUAAUUUUGCUCGUUGUUUACAUGGACAUUUUAAGUAUUCAGAAUUCUUGAUGGAAAUGAUAUUGUAAUUUUAGCAGAGUUGUGUUCUCCAAAACCAACUUACCCUCACAGUGGUUAGAUUAUACUUAAUUUUUCUUUUGUCAUUAAAAAAAGAAAAAGAAAUAAAACCUCUCACCAUAAUUUCUGCCCAGUUUGGGUGGUAUAAGUGGAUUCAUGAGAUCUAUUCAAGUCCCAGAAAGAUUGUUUGAAAAUCCCUGCUGUGACAUCUGC